AUGAUGCAGUUGCUCGCCUCACGUAGUGUACGCAGCGGGAUAUCUGAAGUGUACUUAACGGAAAGCCUGAACUCAACCACGGAAUUCAGAAUAUGUGCGGAAAUUCACCAGGAAAUUCAAAAGCUUUUGAUCAACCAAGAACAGGAAUGGGAAGGCGUGACAGGAAAUACACUUGCUCCAAACGACUGCAAACAGUUGAUCGAGGCUGAUGUGACAAAGGCUCGAAGCGAUGACGAUCAAAAGUCGCUUUGUGGCAAUUCUUGUUAUGCCUCUUUGAACGCCAAGUACAAAAUCAUGCUGGAUAAUAGUUGUUUCGAUAGCGACGAUGCUGACAAAAAAGCAAAUGGUCAACUUCGAGCCGCGGCGUACCAAAUCGCAUGUCAAGCCAAUGCUGACGGCAAAUAUUGCAUGCCCAUGCUGGAUGAGUUGGUUAAAAAAGCUGGUGUAUCCUUCUCGCUCUGCGAUGAUAUUGUAUCCGAGCUUGGUUGUUGCUUCCAAAGUUAUCGGCAAUACUUGCAACUUGGGACUCCAGCCAGUGUAAUUGCCGUAAAUGAAGCCCAGACCGAAUGCUCAGCCAAAGGUGUCCAAGACUUGAACCAAUUGUGUCCUUGCGUGAAUAACCAACACGCCUUUGUCGACACCCCCUUCUGCUCACAUGCUUCUAAAAUGUCCCCCGUUUUGGCCAUUGUAGCUCUUAUUAUUAUAAGUUUUUUUGUCGAUACCUGUAUGACGAACACUCAAGAAAAAACCGCGAUAUCUAUUGUAGACGGACAUUUUGUAGACCAGUUCGGUCGCAUUGCAUUGUUGCGUGGUGUGAACCUCGGCGGGUCGUCCAAGUUACCGUAUGGUUACGGACACACAGAUGAUCAGAACAUGAGUGACUUCUUUGAUGGCGCCACACAUGUGUCAUUUGUUGGUCGUCCAUUCCCCUUGAAAGAAGCUGAUUUGCACUUGUCCCGCUUGCAGCGUUGGGGGUUUACGCUCUUGCGCUUUGUCGUAACGUGGGAGGCCAUUGAACAUGCUGGACCGGGCCAGAUCGAUCAUGAAUAUCUGCAAUACCUUCGUGCUGUGAUUGAGAAGGCAGCCGAUUACAACAUGCUAGUGUACAUAGAUCCUCACCAAGAUGUUUGGUCUCGUUGGACAGGUGGUGAUGGAGCUCCAAUGUGGACGCUUGAAUGCAUCGGCUUUGAGCCACGCAACUUUGAAGUAACCAAGGCAGCACUUUGUCUCGAGACAUGUGGACUUCCAGCCUCUCAAUUCCCAAAAAUGAUUUGGCCGACCAAUUAUGGAAAAUUAGCGUGUGCAACUAUGUUUACGUUGUUCUGGGCGGGUAGAAAAUAUGCACCAAAGUGUUUUGUAGAUGGUGUACAGAUCCAGGAGUAUUUACAGUCGCAUUACUUGAGUUCGAUGGCGGCUUUGGCUCAAGCUUUAAAAGGAUUGACGAAUAUCGUAGGAUUUGGCACUAUGAACGAACCAUCGUGUGGGUUUAUUGGGGUCACGGACCUGGAAAAACCUGUAGGAUUGUUUCAAAAUGGAUACGCACCCACCGCGUUACAGGGUAUGGCUUUGGGUGAGGGAAUUGCGCAAGACGUAGGUUUUUGGAAUUCAAGCGUCUGGACUUUGAUACGUGGCAAACCGUCAAGAGUCGACACGGUCGAUCCACAUGGACUGCGUGCAUGGAAAGACGGAUUUGAGUGUGUGUGGAAAAACGCAGGGGUAUGGGGACUCGAUGCUGAAGGCAAACCAGAGGUUUUACAGCCUGAUUACUUUAGCAAUGCUGACUUUGGUAGGGAUUUUUUUCUGCCAUUUGCAAGAAAGUUUGCUUUAGAAAUGCAGCUUAUAUUCCCAAAAGCCAUGAUAUUUGUGGAAAUGCCACCCGUGGAUUCGUCUGAUGUAGAAUUCCCUAAGAUUUUGAGUGACGACAUUCCGAAUGCUGUGAAUGCUAUGCAUUGGUAUGACGCUGUAACGCUGCUCACUCUGACAUGGCGCUCAUAUUUCACGGUAGACUAUCAGAUUGGUAUACCUGCGUUUGGCAACGAGGCCGUGCGCAGGGUACAUCACCGCCAAUUGGCCCAUGUUGCUAGUUUUGGUCGAACCAAAAUGGAAAAUGCCCCUACGCUUAUUGGAGAGACUGGCAUUCCGUACAAUUUGUGCGAUGCUCGUGCGUACAUCAGUGGCGACUUUUCGGUGCAGGUUGACGCUAUGGACAAUACAAUAUCUAAUCUUGAGUCGCAGCUUCUGUCGUACGCUUUGUGGAACUACACUACAGAUAAUUCACACGAGUUCGGUGACUUGUGGAACCUCGAAGAUUUGAGUAUCAGCAGUCCUGAUUCAGAAAUGCUGGCCAUUCGGCUUGCAGGUGGCCAUACACGACGUCUUGACGAUUCUGCUCGCGGUUUGAAAGGGUUUGCACGCCCUCAUGCUCGCAAGAUAUCCGGACUACCUCUUAAGUCAGCAUUCACUAUGUCAAAAGCAGAGUACAUACUCGAAUACGAAACGACAAAAGUUGAAUCCUCAGCGCCGACGGAGAUUUAUGUGCCUUAUGUACAUUAUCCCGGUGGCUACCGUGUUACCACUUCCGAUGGCCACUGUACGAUCGAGAAGCACGAGAAUUACGACAUUAUAACUUAUGCUCACGACAGUAAAGUACACAAGCACCACGUCCUUGUCUCGCCUCGAGUACCGAUUCGUGGCGACCAGAGAGGAGCUUAUGCCCCGCUGUACAUCGCUAUAGCCGCCAUUGCGUUAAUUGUGCCUGUGUUUACUUUAUGCAAGCGUCGUUAA